UAAUAGUAAUUAUCAGUUGGUAAAACUAUCAGCCAAAACGGGUGUGCCUGUGUGGAUGCUUGGCUUCCGGGCCGAUAGGUUGCGAGCCGAUAUGAAUCGAUUACUUGCCUUACUCUUUCACCAAGGAGUAUUGGACGAACAAUUCUUACAGCUACAACAACUCCAAGAUGAGAGCUCUCCAAAUUUUGUAUCAGAAGUUGUCAACAUUUACUUUCAAGAAUCAGAGAGACUGUUGAAAAACCUCAGAGCAUUAUUAAUAGAGAGAGAUUUAACAGAUUACAAGAAAAUGGGAAACCACUUGAAUCAAUUGAUGGGAAGUAGCUCAAGCAUUGGAGCCAACAGAGUCAGAAAUGUUUGCAUUGCAUUUCGAGCCAAUUCCGAACAAAACAACCGGGCUGGUUGUUUGAGAGCAUUGGAAGUUCUUGAACACGAGUAUUGCUAUUUAAAGAGCAAACUUCAUGAGCUGUUUCAGAUAGAGCAGCAAAGAGUUUUGGGAGCAGGAGUUAGGUACCCAAUGCAGCAGAAUUGAAAUGGAAAAAGGAAAAACAAAAAGGAAAAAAAGAAGAACUAAGAAGUGAUUGUAAUGAGAGAAAUAGAAAAAAGAAAGAGUUUGAUUUGGGAGAGAAGACUAAAAAGAAAGAAAGCUCUCUUCUGUUUCCAAAAAAAGAACAAUGGGGAUGGCCCAUUGGAAAACCCUACUUUUUCUCUUCCAUUGAAACUUCUUUUCUUUACCCUUUUUUUCUUUUAUUUUUUUUUUAUUUUGUAGAGUUAAAAUUCUUUUCUCUUUAUUUGCUUUUUGUUUUCUUCUUGGUUUUGGGUUGAGUUUACUUUAGUUGCUUGGUUGUAACAUUAGAAUGAAACUAAUGAUAUCCUCAUCAAGUUUGACAAUA